AUCAAGGAAGGUGAUGAUUUCUCUGAUGUGUGUUCACAAUUAGACAUGAUACUUAGUUCUACUCAGCAAUCUCAGUAUUCUAAUAUUGAAAUGGAUGUUGACAUUGGAGUUGUAGAUAGAAAGCUUGAAUUUUCUGUAUUGAUUAAUCAAUGUUGUAGUCAUGAAGUAUAUACUAAUCAAAGAAUAGAGAGAAAAGUUGCAGGAUUAUCUACGUCCGUUUCUAGUAAUAAAUUUAAUAGUCUAAUAUCAUAUCUUUCUUCAAACGAAUCUGCUCGUCCCGGUGUUCUAUGUCAAAAUCGAUGGCGAAUGAGAUCAAGACUUGAACAACUGACAGAUGGAACAAAAAACUCAGUUAGGUUGGCAGAAAUUUCAAUAGCAAAUGUGAGUUUAGUACAUCCAGUUACUCAAGGAGGAUUUGGAAUUGGACAAAUUAAUGAUACUAUUUUUUUAUUUCAAAUUCUUGCACUUUAUUAUAAAAAUUUAAACUAUCACUCUUUUAUUGAGUCAUAUACAAAUAUUGAUGAACUUUUAUAUAUUUUAGUAAAAGUUUUUUCUCAACUUCGUUACAACUUAUUUUCUUUAAUUUCUGAUAAUGGUUAUACAAUUUUUACUCAUAUUUCGCUUUCUUCUUUUAUCUAUUACUUUGGAAAAGGUAAUUUUGUAUCAUUUGAUAAAAAAUUAGAGUUAUUAACUGUUAAUAAUUCGAUAUUUGAAUUGUUUAAUUAUUUUAAUACUCCUAAUAUAAAGCAAAGAUUGUGA